AUGGUACAGAUACUAGCGGUGUUUAGUCUACUGCUAGUGGCUGUAGAAGCAUCAGUAGAAAGAAGAAGAAGCUUGUACUCUGAAAAAGAUGAAGACCUGCUGAUGGAGUUUAUUUUUGACAUGAACAGACACAACAUACUAGAAAACAAAGAGUAUGCAAGAAGGAUAAAUGAUAAAGUAGUGGACUGCUCGUCUUUUAAUGAUGUCAUGAACAGCUUGCAGGAUCCAGACUCCUAUGCCACUCUUAUUGUAGACAUGGGGAAAAUACUGCUAAAAAAAAAGAAAGUUGGAGAGUUUGUUCUACUGGCAUCUCCAAAGAGCAUGGCGAGUAUAAACCCACAAAAAUAUACUUUUAUAAGAAAAGAAGCGCACAGAAGAGGCAUAGCCCGAAGGCUCAACUGGCCCUACAGACCUAGAGCUACUAAUGCCAAUGCAAGAAACUCUGCUGGCAUGCCAUAUGAAAAGACUCUGCCAUCAAAAUCCACCUGUGAGCUAUACAAUGGCGCAGGAAACCCUUCCUUUCCCUUUUAUAUGUUGCGCGGCAAGGACACUCCAUCCCUAAACACUUACUACGAUCUGUCUGGUGAAAACAGAAACAUCAAAGACAUGUUCAUAGUGUAUUUUGGCUCUGUAAAUUCACGAAAUUACAACUAUUUCAUAAACUAUUGGCACAUGGAUUCUAAUGAUUUUUUUAAAUCUGUAAGGGAUGAAAAAACAAAACGAAGAUAUAUGUAUAAAAAUAUUUGUGCAUGGGAGCAUCCUUUUAUUUUAAGAAAUGUCCUUGAUCCAGAUAUUGAUGACACGGUAGAAAUCGAGUUUAGACCAAGAAACAGAGAAAAUUUUGUUAGAUUGAAAUACAAUAUAAACGACAGAGUAGUGCACAUGGCUAUACAUGCAAUUUGUGGUGUCUGUUUUCCCACUUCUUACAUAAAAAAAGAUGACUGCAUACUUCCACCCGAGAUCUCAUCAGUUUCAAAAGUAUACGAGUUUGUUAAUUUCUUGGAUUUGAAUAUUGAACAACCAGAGUCUGCAAUGCCAAAGCCUGUUUUUCCGCACAAGAUAAAAGAAAUAGACGGCGAAAAUGUCUCUUAUGAUAGUCUUAAGAGCUUAACGAGUAAAAAAUUCGUUGAAGAACAGUGCAUAAAUGCUUUUAAAGACAGAAACACUUUUGUUUUUCUAAAUGCAAAAUUUACAGCAAAUGGCAGAAACAUCAUACUUUUAAAGCACACAGAACACUCAGAAAACACAAAAUUCUUUGAGUGCUUGAGCAGGUAUACAUCUAAGAACUACAUAUACUGCAAAGAAAGCGAUUUAAACAUAAGGACAGCAUGCACAGAAGCAAUAGUGAUAAUACCUAGAAGGUUUUCAACACCCAGAGCUAAUUAUAGCAUCUUUGCAAAAGAAGAGCUAUUCAGACUGGCAGAGGUUGAUAGAAGCUCUUUAACCAUUUGGAACGACUCUAUUUACUCAGAUAUAGCAUGGGUUCGAAUAGGAAAGUCGUUAUUGACAGAAGAGCUUCUAGAUUCUUUGAAAUACAGUCCCAUAAUAGACCUAACAACAGAGAUAAAAGGUAAGCUAGAGCUGAAGAGCAUCGAUGAAGUAGACAGUGUUGUAGUUCCAUAUGACGUAAAAAGUAAUAAUUUCGAAUGCCUUUUAUUCUAUCUAAUAAGAAAUUAA